AUGACUAAGGUGUUGCUAUGCGGCGCUGUGCAGGGCCACUGGGAGCUUCUUUUUGAGCGUGUGCGCAAAUUAAAUGCAGCUGCAAAGGAAAAACCUUUUGAUGCACUCGUAUGUGUAGGUCGUUGUUUUCCUCUACCGAUCGAAUACGUGACAGGAGGCACGAAACAAGUCCCGGUACCUACGUAUUUCCUGCCGGGGCAUGAGAUUGCGCAUUUGUGGCAAGAAAACGCCACUCAGACGGAGAUUUUUGACAAAUUGAGUGCUGUAGAGAAACCUGUGAAUCCAGUGGAGAUUGGCAAGGGAUUUUUCUGUCUUGCAGGGGCUGGAGUUGCUACUAUUGCAGGACUUAAGGUGGCCUAUGUGUCCGGUACAGAGACUCAUGGUCAUCAGGAUGAAAAGGGAACGCUACUAACGUAUUCAAAGGCAUCGGUUGAUGUGCUAGUGCAGAAGCUUCUUUCUAGUGGAGUCCAGGCAGAUGUGGACUUCUUAUUCACGGCGGAGUAUCCGAUGAGCUUCCAGCUGCUCCUACCGGAGCAGCAACUCCCUCACGGCUUACAGGCGAUGCGGGGAAGCAUAGCCAUAAGAGAGAUUAUGCAACAUGUGCAUCCGAAGUAUCAUAUUACAAGUCGUGGAGGAGACGGAACCCGCGGGGACGUGUUCUACCAGCGGUUGCCGUAUGUGAGCGAGGUAGCUGGAACAGGAUGCAAGCAACUCACGCGACUUAUUGGUCUUAGCGGUGCGAAUACAAUAAAGGACAAGACACGGAAAUAUCUGCAUGCGCUACAAGUCGUGCCUUUUGCGCAACAAAGCGCCGAAGAACGCCAGCACGUGGACAUUCCCGCAGGUACUACAAAGAAUCCGUACCUUCACGCAAUGUUGGACGAAGCUACCUCGUGGAAUAGAGAAUCUGAUGCAAAAAGGAGAAGGAUAGACCCUGCUGCAACCGGAGGUCUCUCUGCGGACCAGAUUGAGCAGCUUACUACAAAAAGUCAAGGUGGUGCACAGUUUUUCUACGACCAGAAGCUUGCGGCUAGAGGUCAACGAAAGGGUGGAUUGCUGCCAGGCCAGGACAAAUUGCAACAACGGAGAAACAAUCGUCCCGCUGUGCCGGAGCGCACGGAGUGCUGGUUCUGUCUGUCGACACCAACACUUGAGCGGCAUUUAAUUGUGAGUAUUGGUCAGGAAGCCUACCUUGCCAUGCCCAAAGGCGCCAUAUGCGGAGAUCAUUUGCUGAUCGUGCCCAUUGCACACGAAGCAUCCACGCUAGCGCUAAGCAAGGAUACUUGGCACGAGAUGGAGCGUUUUAAGGCUGCGCUACGUCGCUACUUUGCUACGCAAGAUAAGGAGCUACUGGUGAUCGAUCGCAAUGUGGCUACGCUGGGAGCCACACACUGUCACUUGCAGGUCGUUGGUGUACCCAAGGCGAAGGCUGCCGCCGCUUGCAGCAUCUUUAAGACGGAAGGAGAGAAAUAUCACGUCAAGUUCCAGGAGCUGCUGCAUGAUGUUGACGAGAAACCAGACAGCGGCGUGUCUACCGGCCCUUUAGAGCUUUUGCGCAAGCAGACCGACGGCAAGUCGUUCUUGUACGCCGAAGUGCCGAACGGCGAGGGCGGUAGCACACCGCUGCUGCACCACGUUGAAGGCAAACACUAUGUGCAGUUUGGUCGGCACGCCGCUUCGUGUGUUCUAGAGAUGCCGCGUCGGGCCAAUUGGAAGUUCUGCGUAGUGCCAAAAUCCGAGGAGGAAAAGCUCACGCAGACUUUCAAGGGCCAGUGGAAACCGUAUGAUUUUACACUAGAGAAUGACGACGAAGAUGAAUAA